CCACUCCUUGCGGUUGCCCUAUAUUCACACCAACACAAGCCUGCGUUCAGUCCCUCCCACCUCCAAGCAGUCGCCUAAAAAAAGGGUUUCUCUGGCUUCUUCGAGUUCCUGUUAAUUUCAAUCGAAGUUUUCUUCAAUCCUUUGCCCUACCACCAUCCAUGGCUGACAAGACACAGUUCGAUUCACGCCCCACCCAGAUCUCCGAAGGCAUGCAACUGCAAGGAUCCUUCAAUCCCGUUCCACUUUCACCACAGUGGCUUUUUCCAAAGGCAGGGGAGAACAAAACUGAGACAACAGGGGAAAUUCAUUUCAGCCCACAUUCAGCACAUGUGACCAGGUCUGACCUCCCCAAAUCCACAGGGACGAGUGAGAAUGUUCAUGAUCAACAGAGGAAGAAGGAUGUAUUCAGGCCCUCUGUGAUGGAGGACUCUGCACGACGUGACCGAUGGCGUGAAGAAGAAAGAGACACUGAUUCCCCUUUCCGCUGGGACCGCUCGAGGGAGGGGGACAAAGGGCUUGGUAAUGGCCGUAAGGUGGAUCGCUGGUCUUCUUCAGCUGGAAGGAAUUACGGAGAAUCACGCCGUGCUCCAUUGGAUCGUGUUGCUGAUUUGGGAAAUAGGGAAAAUAAUCAUGAUCCACGUCGAGAGAGCAAGUGGAGCACACGAUGGGGGCGUAAUGAUAAGGAAUCAGAUGACCUACAUGAGAGACAUAGUGAUUUUAGCAAAGAAGCAGACUUUCCCAUUGAAAAAGGACAGUCUGCUCAUGCAUAUUAUGGAAAGGAUGAAAGAGAAGGGGACCACCACCAGCGUUGGAGACCUAGUCUGUCCCAAAGUCCAGGUAGGGUGGAUCCUCCUCAUCUGGAUUCGGCGUCAAACAGGCAUGUUUUUGUCGCAAGCCAUGGUCGAGGACGUGGACAAAAUGGUCCAACUUCUACUCAUGUGCAAGGACGGAUGCCCUCUGGUGGAAUCCCUGUGGAUGGCAUAUCUUCUCAUAUUCCAUCGCGUGGUGUGCUCUCAGAGAGGGUUAAAUGUGCUCAGGAUGAGUCCUCUCCUUUAAGAUACAGUCGGGCUGAAUUGCUAAAUGUUUACAAGACUACUGAUAUGAGAUCCUCUAGCAAUAUUUUAGAUGAAACUAUGCAGAUAUCUUCACUCAUGCAAGAAGAGACCCUCGAGCCUUUAGCUUUUUCUACACCCUGUUCUGAAGAAAUGGCCAUUUUGAAAGGAAUCGACAACGGGGAAGUUCUGAGUAGUGGAGCAUCACAGGUGAAUAAAGAUAGUUCUGCUGGGCGAAAUUCAACUGAGUUUUUGCAGUCAAGAAAAAUUCAAGGCAGCCGAAAUGAUAUACCUCUUGAACAUGAUAAUUCUAGAGAUGAAACUGUAGAUGACAGAAGAGGCAGAUAUUCAAAACCUUUCCAUGAGAGACAGGUUCACUCGUCUGAGCCCAAUGCCAAAUAUGAGGCUUCACAGGGUUCUGAGAAAUUUUCUGACCCCAAGCUGAAUGCUGAAGGAAAGUGGAGACCAUCAUUUAUUACUGAACGGUCACCUGUAAUCUCUAAAGGAUUUUCAGAGAUGCCUGUGAGCGUUGGCUCCAACAUUGGCUGGUCUGUUCCCCAAAAGGAAUUGACUAAUGACAAUGAGAGAGGUCUAUCAGAUUCAUCAUACAAAAAAAGUCAAGGACAAAAAUGGCAACUUGAGAAUGAUCCGUAUCUCAAAAAGCAGCUCUCUGCUACACUGGACAAAGAGUCAGAUAUGCAGAAGUUGCCACAACAAUCCCCAGAAGAUCUAUUGCUCUAUUACAAAGAUCCACAUGGUGAGAUUCAAGGCCCAUUCUCUGGCAGUGAUAUUAUUGGAUGGUUUGAGGCUGGAUACUUUGGCAUAGAUUUACUUGUCCGUUUAGCUGGUGCCCCAGUGAAUGCACCUUUUUCUCAACUAGGAGAUAUUAUGCCUCACUUGUGUUCCAAGCCACGUCCACCUCCUGGCUUUAGUACACCAAAGCCAAAUACUGAUACUUCUACCGGAAUGAAUCAGAAUGCUUUUGCAAAGUUUCAUUCCGCUCCAACUGAGAUUGACGUUUCAAGAAGUGGGCCAAGAUACACUCACACUUCCACAGCUGAGGCUGAUAAUAGGUUUUUGGAGUCGCUCAUGUCUGGCAGCACGAGUAAUGCACCUAUGGAGAAGUUUGUUCACUCAGGGGUGCCAGGUUAUACUGGAAAUACUGCUGCUGCAGUGCCUUCUCUUGGUUCUGAAAGCGUGGAUAAUCUCUACCUCCUUGCAAAAAAGAUGUCACUCGAGAGGCAAGCAUCUUUGUCGAAUCCUUAUUGGCCAGUUAGAGAUGUCAGUCCUGUUGUUCCAACAUCAAAUGUAGUUCAUGAUUCAUUGCCACACUCAAAAGUUCCGGACAAUGCUUUCCAGCAACUUCAAAGUCAGAAUGUGGAUUUGAUGUCUUUACUUCAAGGUUUGCCAGAUAGAUCUGCAAUCAUGAAUGAUGGAUCAACUAGUGGUUGGCCUAAUUUACCCUCUCAAGGAGGAACAGAAAUCCUUCAAAACAGGAUAGAAAUGCAUAAUGGUCAGCAGGUGAACACCCAAGCUGCAUUUGGUGGGAUUCAGCAGCCAACGCUACCAGCACUAAACCCUUUGUUGAGUUUUCUAGGUCAAACUUGGGAUAAUAAGCCGUCCAACAUUUUAGCUCCUGAGAAGCUGCUUCCUCAUGGGGUCUCCCAAGAUCCACAAUUGUUAGGUUUGCUGCAGCAGCAGUACUUGUUGCAGCUGCAAGCACAAGCUCCUCUGCCACCACAACAACUUUUGGUUCUUGAAAAAUUGUUGUUGCUAAAAAAGCAGGAACAAGAGCAGCAACAGUUAGCACACCAACAACAAUUGCUUUCCCAGAUCCUGUCUGAUCGCCUUUCUUCCCAGCACCACCUUGGUGAACACAUAUCAUAUGGCCAAUCACAACAAGCUGGCAUGACAGGUGGAAAUCUCACUACUAUAGAUCAUGCUCAUUUACAGCCACAUGCGCUCUUUACUCCCAGUACUCAAAAUCAGAUAUCGGAUGUAGUGACAGCAAAUCUUACUCCUAAGGAUCAUGCUCAUUUACAGCCACCACAUGCGUUAUUUAAUCCAGGCACUCCAAAUCAGAUACCGGAUAAAGUGACAGAAAAUCCUACUGCUAUGGAUCAUGCUCAUUUACAGCCACCACAUACGUUGUUUGCUCCAGGCACCCAAAAUCAGAUUCCAGCUAUGCAAGAUGACCAAGUCUCAAAUUGUAGUGUCUUGCCAACAAGCAAUUAUAUGGAUGUAGUAACCCAUAGUGUUUGUUCUGAACCCUCAUCUAUGCAUCUGCCACAUCAACUUUUUGGAGUUAAUCAUAAAUCUGAAAGCACUGAACCUCCCACAAUCAUGACCUCUGCAGCUCCAAAAUUUUCACCUGUCACUAGUCAUGAGAUUCAGUUGAGUCUUGAUCAGAAAAACGAAUAUGAAUGGCAUGUGAAUCAACAAUGUGAAGGUGGUCAAAAAAAUUAUGAGUCAUCUUCAUCAAAUAAUAAGAUGAAGGAUGUCGAGCUGUCUUCAGUGAAGGAAAUGAGGAAUGCUGAAUUGUCCUCAGUAAAUUAUAAAACAAAGGAUGGCAAGUCUUCUGCACUGAAGGAUACGAAGAAUUCUGAAUCAUGUGAGGCUAAGAAAUCCAUAGACAAGAAAUCAAAAAAGCAAAAGUCUGCUAAAGUGAAAGCUGAUGACACUGUGGAUGGAUUGUCUAAGACAGAACAUUUAAAACCAUCACAUUCUAAGGAUACUACUCUUUCUGAUGUGAAAUCUGAUGCACAACAUGGCCCAACUGGAUUAGACAUGGCCUCUGAACCAGAAACAGUGGAGAGGAAAAAUAAUAAAGUGGCUGUCAGUAAUGUUCAUGCGGGAGUAGGGGAAAGUUCAAAUGACGACACAAAUGAGUGGGAGCAAGCUAGCACUGUCUCGCAGAUCAGUUCUCAAGGAGUGUCUGGUCCACGAGCCUGGAAGUCUUCUUCUGGUUUCAAACCAAAAUCUUUACUAGAAAUCCAAGAGGAAGAACAAAGAAGAGCACAGCUUGAAAUUGCUGCUACUGAUAUCACUUCUCUCAACUCAACAGAUAGUGUUUCUAGUCCUUGGGCGGUAGGGAUUAGUGCUAAUUCUGAUCUAAAGCUUAUUAGAGAAACUCAACUAGAUGCUAGUGACAUGGAGUUAAAUUCUUUGAGGACACCAUAUGAUUCUUGCAACCAAAGUAGUAUGAGAAGCCAAUUGCAUGACUCCUUGGUAGGAAAUGAUGAGGUUAAGUCAAUCAGAAGAGAAGAAGAGGUUGCCAAUAUCGUGUCGAUUUCACCUGAUGUUCCUUUUUCGGACUUUCAAGUUGAUAUCGAGGAUGAUCAACCUUUUAUUGAAGCUAAGGAUGCUAAAAAAAGUCGCAAGAAAUCAGCAAAAGCCAAGAUGGCAUCAUCUAAGACAUCUGCACCUACUCCUGUGGAUCCCUUUGCACGCUCAAGCGUCAUUGACAACAAAGGCAAGAGUGGUUCACGUCAAGCACUUAUGGAAAAAGAUGUUUUACCUGCUGUACCUUCUGGCCCUUCUUUGGGAGAUUUUGUUACAUGGAAGGGUGAGACUGCUUCUGCUGCUCCAGCGUGGUCCGACUCUGGAAAAGCACCAAAACCCACUUCUUUGAGGGACAUCUUGAAGGAGCAGGGAAAGAAGGCCCCUUCUGGUCAGCAGCAUAUCCCAGUACCAGCACCUCAGAAAGUUAUUCCAGCUCAACCUGCACGAGGAUCCAGUGGUUUACGGUCGCUUAGUGGUUCUUCUCCCUCCAAGGUUGCGACCCAAAUACAAGUUAGUAUACCAGCAGCUCCGCAAACAAAGAAUCAAGAAGAAGAUUUGUUUUGGGGGCCAGUUGAUCAACCGAACCAAGGAGAACAGUCUGAUUUUCCUCAUCUUGUAAAUCAUCAAAGUCGAGCAACCAAUAAUGCCCCUGUCAAAGCAACUCCUAGUGGUUCACUUAGCAAGCAAAAGUCGAUCAGCAGACCAUUAGAGCACGGGAUGUCUUCAUAUCCUUCAUUGGCUAGCCCCUCUCUGAAAGGGAAAAAAGAUGUUCCAACAAAGCACUCAGAAGCCAUGGAUUUCAGGAAGUGGUGUGAAACCGAGUGUGCAAGGCUCCUCGGUUCGAGAGAUACAAGCGUCCUACAGUACUGUUUACAUGAACCAAGAUCUGAGGCCGAAAUGAUUCUGAUCCAGAAUAUGGGCUCCUUUGACCCCAACCACGACUUCAUCGAGAAGUUCCUAAACUACAAAGACUUCUUGGCCUCAGAUGUUCUUGCAAUGGCCUUCCCAAAUCAGAACGAUCUGAAGGGGACCACCAGCAAAGGUGCCGGAGACGCGUCUUCUGACAGGGGUGAGGGCAGCAGAGCUGGUGCCCCAGAUGUGGUCACAACAGUGGUUCGGAAGAAGGGUAAAAAGGGGAAAAAGCUAAACAUUUCGGAGCUCGGGUUCAAUGUGGUUAGCAAUCGGAUCAUGAUGGGAGAGAUCCAGAGCAUAGAAGAUUAACUUAAUUAACACAUGAAUGAGAGGUGUAAAUACACUUUUGCCUUUUUAAUUUCUGAGACUGUACAUGGAUGGUGGUGGAUAUGGAUGCUUAUUGGAAUUUAGAAUUCUCUCACAUGGAGGGGGAUGGAGGGAGAGACCUAAGGGCAGCAGUAAUAUUUCUUCUGCUACAGCAAUUUUGCGGCCCUUGUGCGCAUCAGUCUUUUGUUUAUUUUUGGUUUUUUUGGGGUGCUGCCCUUGUUUAUCUUUGGUAUUUGGUCUGCUCAAACAAGGUUGUGGUUUUGUUGGAAAACUAUCAAUGGGCGACAGCUCCACAUUGAAAUCUUCAUGUUCUUGUUGAGCUAAAGUCUGGAUGCUUUUUUCUGUUUUUACUUGCGGCGAAAUGAUUCAGAUGACUGCAGGGUUUAUGCUAAUGCUGUUGUCUUAUUACUCCGUACUAGUUUGAAAAUCAUGCAGGAUGCGUUGAUUCUUCUUCUGCAGAACCGCAACAUUUUAUCUAUAACAAAAUUCAUAAUUAGUCUAUUAAUUUUUUUGUAAAAUUAUUUCUAUAUUACAAGCUCAGUAAAAUAAGUACCCUAAGCAUAUUUAAUGUAACUUUACACACGAAACAUAUUAAUUACUCCGGAUUCUUUAUCUCCUCCGUAAUAUGUUUCAUAAAAUACGAAGCAUAUUAAUUACUCCGGAUUCUUCAUAAUCAACCAACCUGCUCCUGGUUUGAAGUGCUUUCAGAAGAUAACUUGAUGUUUGAGAAUGUGGUAUCUAUUUCAAACCCAGGUAGACCAUUAGGGGGUGUCUCUUUGAUCUUGAAGCCACAUGUGACUUUUUUGGUAAUGUAACAACAAUCAUACUCCCUCCGUCCAUUAAUUAACUUUCCGGUUUGACCGGGGACACAUUUUAAUGUGUGAUAAAAAUUUUAUUGACUUUCCUAAUAUACCCUUAACAUGCCUACUACCCCUUAUGCUUCUCCACCAACGUGAGUCAUCACCUCUCACUGUCAACGCUACCGCCUACGACUCGCAGGCACCGCCGACAACGAUUCUCCGGCAUCGCCACCGACGACUCUCCGGCACCAUCGUAGAUGACCUCUCUUUCUUUGGUUGCCACCUUCCCCUCCACAAUCCCCACCUAAGUAAAUCUGUUAUGGAUCUUCUCAUGGAAGACAACACAUCGGAAAAAGAGUAGAUGUAAUGUUUUAAUGGCGGAAAAAGAGCGGAUUUAAGGUUUGGACUGCGGCGGAAGAGAAGAUUUUGCUAAUCGAACAUGAGAGCAUCAUAGAAUUUGUAGAUCUGUACAAUCCAUGUUAGCAAUGUUCGAAGAGGAUUGGAUGUGACUGCCGCCUCACUGCGCCACCACUACUUUCCAUCC